AUGUCGUCCAAAACGUACAUAAAGGCUGUACGGACGAGGUUCAGGAACAGCCUUAAGAAGGAAAUUCAGAAAGGCAUGGAAUUAUCAAGAAAAGAUAUAGAGGAAAUCGAUUUAAACGAAGAAAUAACGAACACAAAAAAGUGUAUUAAAAUGCUAAAAGCAUAUCGCGAAAAGUUAGAAUGCCAAUGUGAAAAAUAUGUUGGAGUAUUAGAAGACUCUGAAGGAGAAACAGUAGAACAAAUAUUGAACGAGGACUAUACUAUCUGUGAUGAAGCAACUGAAUGUUCUAUGGUAUUGGAGAAUUAUCUGGAUGAAAUGGAAUCUGCAAGGAAACGUGGUUCCAAGGAAACGGCGACCCGUGAAGAACAGACAAAGCUAGUCGGUGAAGCAAAAGCAGCAAUAUCCGGAUUGUCUCUCUGUAACAAAAAUUACCGAAUUGCCGUAAACCUGUUGCAAGAGAGAUUCGGAAAGAAACAAGAAAUCAUUGAUAUUCAUUAUCACAAGCUGAUGAAUAUUGUUCCGCCCUACUGCAAGACCGAGAGUUUGCGACUCUUUCUUGACACAGUUGAAAAACAUAUGCGGAGCCUAGAAGUAUUAGGUGAAAACAUUGAUCAAAACAUGUUUGUUUCAAUGGUUAAAUCGAAAAUUCCAAAGGACGUACUCUUGCACCUGGAGGUACAGAAAGGCUCAGGAAACGAAUGGAGCGCUAAAACACUCCGACAGCGAUUACGAGAUUACAUAAUUGCUCGUGAACACGCUGAACAAAGCAACCAACAAGAGCCUGCAAACAAAAUGAAACAGAAAAUUGACUUUCAAAGUGGCAACAAUUUUGAAAUUAAAAGCGCAAGGCCAACGAAAAUGUUUGGUCAGAAGCCAGUCUCCGCUGGAAAGCACAUCUCGGCGGAGUCCCUAAUCUCUGGAGACAGCAAAAACAGUGUUUAUGCAAACAAGUGCAGAUACUGUACGAACUCUCAUUGGAGUGAUGAAUGUACGAAAUACAAAACGAUUCCAGAAAGAAAACGCUUGCUGAAAGGUGCAUGCUACAAGUGUCUGAAAGUUGGACACAAAACUGAUAAGUGUAAGGCUAGAAAACUGUGUGUACAUUGUGGUGAAAAGGAUGUUCAUCACAGAAGUCUUUGUCCCGCCAAAUUUAGUGUACACAUUCCCACAAGACGAGCAGAAAGUGCGAACGUUUCAGAAGAACUUGUGUCUGAAAAUAAUGAUGUACAUCACGAAAAUGUUCUCGUGUCAUCUGGUGAGGUUGUCCUCAUGCAGACUGCAAGAACAGAGGCAAAAUGUCCUACAAGUGAAAACAGCCGCCAGAUUAGACUCCUCCUAGAUUCGGGGUCACAAAGGACAUAUGUGACGGAGCGCCUGGCGGAGCAGCUUGACCUCGUUAGAGGAGAAAUGCAAGAAAUAAAACUAGUCACGUUUGGUAGUAAUAAAGCAAAAGUGAUCAAAACGCCGACUACCAAAUUGAGUCUGAAGCUGACCAAUGGGAAAUAUCUGAGCAUAACUGCUAAUAUUGUGCCUGACAUCACAGGGACAAUAGAAAGGAAAGCUGUACAUCUGUCUCACUCUGAGAACAUACAGCACAUCCUGAGCAGUGUUGACCUGGCGGACACCAUUCCUACCACAAAUGAAUACUCUACCAUAAACUUGUUGGUGGGAAACGACUACUACCUUGACGUUGUCCUGCCACAGAGGAUAGAGAUACAGCCUGGUUUGUACCUUCUAAGUUCCAAAUUUGGUUGGUUACUUACCGGUCGCAUCAAUGAACCAUGUGAAGAGGAAGCUGAAAAGAAUGACAUUGGAAUGCUCAUACUAACCUAUGGGACCGAUGCUUAUAGAAUAACAAACUCAAAUGUGUUCUCUUCAGUGGAUAGUGAUGUUCCAAAGAAGCCCGAUCUCGAAGAUUUCUGGGCAAUUGAAUCUAUCGGGAUAAUUGACGACCCUAGACAAAAUGAUGACGAAACUGCCAUGGCCAAAUUCAAAGAGACUAUACAGUUCAAAGACAGUCGUUAUCAAGUUACCUGGCCAUGGAAGGAAAAAAAUCCCGAUCUCCCUGUCAAUCGCGGAUUAGCUCUUGGUAGGCUGAAAUCUACAGCAUCGAGAAUGCAAGGGAGACCAGAGCUACUGAAACAGUACGACUCCGUUAUACAGGAUCAGCUAUCAAAAGGAGUUAUUGAAAAGGUGAGUGGAAAUAGUACCAACACUGUCAAACACUAUCUUCCACACCAUGCAGUAGUAACUCCUCAGAAGUCGACAACAAAAUUGAGAUUGGUAUAUGAUGCCUCCGCCAAGACGUGUGACAAAAAUAAAAGCCUCAACGAAUGCCUCUACAGGGGUCCAGUUAUGUUGCAUGACCUCUGCGGCAUACUUAUGAGAUUCCGCACUCACAAUAUUGCUAUUGUGGCGGAUAUUGAGAAAGCUUUCCUUCAAGUAGGACUUCAGCCAGAUCAGCGAGAUGCAACUAGAUUCAUUUGGCUAAAAGACUGUGAAAAUCCCAGCACAGGAGGUGACAACUUGCAAGAAUACCGUUUUUGUCGUGUUCCGUUUGGGAUUAUUUCAAGCCCUUUCAUUCUUGGAGCUACAAUAGAGUGUCACUUAGACAAAUAUGACAAUGACAUCGCAAACAAGCUUAAGAAUGACAUAUACGUUGACAAUGUCAUAACAGGCACACAUACAGAAAGUGAAGGGGUCGAGCUUUAUACAUCAUCAAAAGCCAUGUUCCAUGACGCUGCCAUGAAUCUUCGAGAAUGGUAA